AUGGUUAAGUACUAUGUAUCCAGAUGUGCUUAUCGUGUGUCUGUGAAGACAGGAGGCUCCACCACCAUCCCAUGUCGGUUUGAUCUGAAAUACAAAACACAUGUGAAAUUCUUGUGUAAAGUAGAUUAUUUGAAAAGAUGCUCCCCUGAUGUACAUACUAAGAGCAUAAAUAAGUUCUCAAUCUCUCAUGACAUCAACCAGCAAACCUUCACUGUGACCAUGACUGAUCUGGAGCCAGAGGACUCUGGACGUUACUGGUGUGCUGUGGAGAUCAAUGGUGGAUCAGAUGUCUGGACAGAACAGUUCCAACUAUCUGUCACUGCAGGUACUCCAGAACUCUAUGUGGACCAACAGGAGGUGACUGGAGUUGAAGGAGGGAGGGUCAUUAUAAAUUGUUACUAUAGGAACACUGGACAUAGGACGUGGUGGUGCAGGAUUGGUGGCAGUGGCUCCUGUGUGGAGAGGAAUUCUGGGACUACAGAGGGAAAAUCAGUGACCCUACAGCAGACCACUGAUGCCACCAGAGGAAACGUCUUAAUGGUGACUAUGAGUGGACUGAAGAUGGAGAACACUGGCUUGUACAGGUGUGGAGUGGGAGACCUUAUGAUGCCUGUUCACAUCACUGUCAGACGACAAACCACCACACAAAUUACCACCACUAUCACCACAACUAAAGCUCCAACCACUGAACAAUCCUCUUUCUCUUCAACAUUUGAGCCUGUUCAGACUGAUAACACAGUCCAAGGUCCUGAGGGGGGCAAGGAGAAGGACACCAUGAGCCGGCCCUGGCUCCGUGGACUCUGGGCCAGACCGAGGCUCCUGCGGUUGAUGAGUGGUUCCGGCGCGCAUAAGUUGGAGUCUCACGUGAGACUCCAGCGCGCCGUCCAUCGUCAAAUGGAACAGGCAGACUGCCAUCGCAGUGAGACCCCUGUGUUCCACCCUGGGGAUUGCGUCUGGCUCUCUACCAGGAACCUCCCACUCCACCUGCCCUGCAAGAAACUGAGCCCCUGGUUUGUGAGGCCGUUCAAGGUUCUCUGGAGGGUCAACGAGUAUCUGGUGGACAGGGAGGAGUAUGGCUCAGAGGAACGACGCUGGGUUGCGGUGGAGAACAUUCUGGAUCUCAACAUCAUCCGUGAUUUCCACCUUCGCCGCCCGGAUUGA